GAUAUUUAUAGUUUAGUGUGUUAACUAAGGUUAACUAAAAAUAGACUAACAAGAAAACCUUUUGAAUGUGUAUUUCCGAAAAUCUGUAUUAACUGGCAUAACAUGAUAAUCAUUACAAGACCACGCUACUGAUUCAGGUUUUUCUGUGUAUUGACGUCAUGGCUACAGCAGACGGUUCGUCCAUUACUACCUCUCCUGGAGACAGUACAUUGAUGGUUGUGGCAUUAGACUUUGGUACCACAUACUCAGGAUAUGCAUUCUCCUUCCGUAAAAAUCCUCACAUGAUUUUUGCUAACCAGCAAUGGGAUAGUGGAAAAUACCACCUUAACUCGUACAAAACACCAACAUGUGUUGUUAUCCGCAAAGAUAAUCCAGAAGAGUUCUACUUUGGAUAUGAUGCUGAAAACGAAUAUGCAGAAAUCCAAACAGACAAUGAGACGGAUAAAUAUUUCUUCUUUGAUAGAUUUAAGAUGCAGCUUCAUUUACGAAAAGAUGUAUCAGAAGGCAUGAUGAUUCAUGAUAUAAGAGGAGGCUCACUUCCGGCUAUUGAUGUCUUCUCCACGGCAAUUCGAGCUCUGAAAGACCACGCUCUUAAACAUGUCGAAAAAGGAGGGAAUCAUAUAAAGUUAGAGGAGAUUAAAUGGGUUCUUACUGUUCCGGCUAUAUGGACAGACAAGGCAAAAACUUUUAUGCGGCUAUCAGCAGAAAAGGCUGGAAUAUCUGGCGACAGACUAGGUAUUGCUUUAGAACCAGAGGCGGCUUCUAUUUAUUGUCAGCAUAUCUAUCGUAAAAUGGAUGACGAGUUGGGGGCCAUAACUGGUCCUGUAAUUGUUAAACAAGGUGCAUCUUACUUAGUAGUUGAUAUAGGAGGUGGAACACUAGACAUCACUGCCCAUCAGAAGGAAAUUCACAAUAAGGUCAGGGAACUUUGUAAGCCAUCAGGUGCAGCUUAUGGAGGGACUGCUGUAGACAGAGCUUUCAUGGAAAUUUUCGAGAAAAUCGUUGGGCCUACAGUGAUAGAAAAUCUUAAAAAAGAGUUCACCAGCAAUUAUUUUGAUUUAGUCAGAGGAUUUGAAAUGCUAAAAAGAAAGAUUGGAAAUCAGAAGAGCUCUAGACCAAAAAUAAACUUUCAAAUUCCUUUUGCAGCAUUAGAUACUUUAUGUAAGCGUUUCUUAGAAAAAUCUUUCCCUCAGACUUUAGAAGAUUCUGAAUACAAAGAUUCGCUGACUUUAGUUUCAGACAAGUUACAAAUGGAAAAAGAACUAGUAAAAGAUCUGUUUAAAAAUACUACAAAUCAUAUAAUAGAAGAAAUUAAGAUGACAUUACGAGAGGCAGAACCCGCCGAUGUUACACAUUUCCUUCUCGUCGGUGGAUUCUCGGAGUCGGAUAUAGUUCAGAAUGCAAUAAAGGGAGCAUUCCCUGACAAAGAAAUAAUAAUACCCGAUGACCCCACCUUAGCAGUUGUUAGAGGGGCGGUUCUAUUCGGCCACACUCCAGACUUUGUUUCGUCCAGAUUUACCAGAUAUGCAUAUGGACGGCGGAUACGUCCAAAGUUCGACGAAUCAAAACAUGACAAGAAACGAAGCGUCAAAACAAAUGGACUUUUUAGAUGUAAAGACGUAUUUGACCUUUUUAUGAAGAAGGAUACAUUCUGUUCUGUAGGGACGAUUCGUAAUUGCCAGUACCACACGUUUGAAGAGAUGCAGAAGAAGAUUACUAUUGCUGUUUAUGUAUCUGAUCAUGAUGAUACUCAGUAUGUCGAUGACGAAGGAUGUGAGAAACUUGGGGAGCUUGUAGUCGAUAUUCCAAACCCAACGAGAGAGAGACGAUAUGUUGAUGUAGAGUAUCACUUCGGGGGGACAGAACUCACUGUUACAGCUAAGGUAAUAGGCACACAGGACGAGCUCAAGGCUGGGUUUCAACUUAUCUAAUGUCAGAAUGCCAUACGUAUAGCUUCUUCAGCAUUAUAACAUAUAGUGAUAUUAAAUUAGCAUAAUAAAAGCUCUUGUAUCUAAUCUGU